ACGUCUUCGUCUUGAUUGAAUAAAGUAUCUUUUUGUUUCGUUAUAGGUAGUAUAUCUUAACAAAAUAUUUUAAAUAUUACUUAAAAGUGCUAAUUAUCAAGUUCUAUGCAACAUAUGAUGUAAUCCUAAUUUAUUCUAAACAUCGGUCGAAUUAUGCAGAAUUAAUUUUGUUGAAAAAUAUGGAGGUGUCAGGCGCGGGGAAAUCCCCAAAUACAACAUUAUCAUUUAGAUAUAAUGCCAAUAAUGAGGAGUUAGAGGAAUUAUUCCAACCAUGUGAAGAUGACCCUCCCACCCCACAAUGUGAACCACCAGUUAAAGAACCUAUAAGUGCAAGUCCAAAACGCGGUGACAAAACAUCAAUCAUAGACAAAUAUUUUAAAUCUAUGCGUACUGAAAAAAAUGACAAACAAGAUGAUCCUAAACCAGCAGAGAGUAAGUCUCAAGAAGAAGGUAAAACUUCAGUACCAGCAAAGGAAGUCUCAUCAUCUCCAGUGAAAGACUAUCUAAAUAGAUUAGGAAAAAGGAGUACUUCUGAAUCUAUACCUGAAGGCAAAGAAAGUGCUAAUGAGACAUGGAAGAUAUUCCAUGAUUUCAAAUUCAAAAUAGCUCAAGCUGUUGAGGAUAUGAAAACUAGAUCAGUGGAAGAAACAAAAGAGAAAUCACUACCUCGAGAAAAUUCAACAUCAGAUUCUGAAGAAAACUCUGCAAUAAAAGAUACUGACCAGCAAAGUGUUGGAGACACAGAUAAUCAGGUUUCCUCGCUUGACAGUAGCAUACAAAAUCUCUCUGAAAUGACUCAACCUUUAACAGCAAAGGCUUCAGAGCGCGAUUUAAGCCUUGCUAAUAAAAAUAUAUCUGAUUCAAGUGAUGACACACAUAAAAUAUUAGGUCAAAAUGAAACUGUAGAAGUUCCGAAAGAUGAUAAUGUUGAAAUAGAAUCAGGAGUUGAAGCUUUAGAGGACACAAUUGAUGCAUUUGGUGAUAUAACACAAUUAGACUCUGAGUCUCAUGAUAAUAAACCCAUUGAAAUCACAUCAGCCAUUCCACAACCUCUAGUCGCUCCUAUGGACUUUAAUUUCCCUCCGAGCAAAAAUGACUUAAACAAAACAAACGACACAUGCAGAACAAGGACAAAUUUCUUCAACUGCACCAUGUAUUUUUUAACAAUUUUCCUUUUGUUAAAUUAUAUCUUAUUUCCAAAUGCAAAUAUUUGGAUCGGUUUUCUCUUAGGUCUUUGGGUUUUCUAUUGUAUUACGUGUUUUAAAACUUGGAUACUAGAUAAUUACUUUAGUGAAUGGGAGCCGAAGAGAAGUUUUUAUCAAUUUAAACAAAGCAAUGACAUACCUGUUGCAUAUACAAUACCCCCUGUCAAAGAACAUACCCCUAUGAAGAAAUAUGAGGGUUGGAUAAACCAUUACAGAUGUCCUGAUUACGAUCCUUAUACAUACCAUAUAAAUAAAACAACAACUGCAUUUAUGAAAUUGGAAGGUUGUAAUUUACGUUUAUCAUAUACAACAACCAAAAUUGCCAAAAGAGCGUUAUGGGACGAAAAGAUAGAGAAUGUAACAUUUUAUCAACACAGACUCUACAAUUUAACGGGAGCUCGAAUAAUAUUGCUGCCAAAAGGUCUUGUGAGAAGGAGGCAAUGGAGUAAGAAAUAUCCCAUAUGCAUUAUACUCAAUGAAAAGGAAAAGAUACAAGUGUUGGAAAAGGAAAAUGCGCCAGUAGAAAAGAAAAUCGUAGAUUCACCGGAAAAGAAAACUAAAGAGCAAAUACCUGCACAUGAAACGGAGAGUACGGAGACGAAUACGAGUCCAGAAAAGAAGAAGAAAUUUAUAUGGAGGAGACGAGAAAAAAGCAAUUCGCAAAGCGAUAGCGAACCGGGAAAGGAAGGUUUGAGGCAUAGACUUGUACGAAAAAUACAUCGAGACAAACGGUCAGACAGUCUGUCGUCAGCGGAUACGGAGGCGCCGGCGAGCGAUAAGUCGCCGCAGUUUGAGGAGGCGCCCGCGCCUACGCCGGAGCCCGACACAGAACUCGCCUCUAAGUCCGUCACCAGUACUAAGGAUGAUAAUGACGAUGAAAUCGAUGACACCGAAUUAUCGCGGAUUAAAGAGUUUUUGGAUGAAGCGGAGUUGGAGGGGCCGGGGGAGGGCGGCGCGGAGGGCGAGUGGAGUUUGCACGUGAAGCACUCGCGAGACAAGCACGCCAACUUGUUCCUCUUCGCGCGCACAGGCCGCGACAAACACGAAUGGUACCGUCGUCUAAACACAGCAAUUUCAGAAGCGAACGCGUCAAGAGAAUCAUCUUUAUUAGAGGAUAAGUUAACGAGCGAGGCGCAGGAGAGUAAGGACGGCAUCGAGCUCACUGUGUACAAGCUCACAGAAAAGGAUACAAUCGCAUUUGGCAAGAACAAAACGAGUGAAGUAUCGUCUGAAAUGUUUCCGCCGUACCCGUCGCAGUCUGAGUCCUAUGAGAAAACAUUCUGGCCGUACUUGUUUAAAAUUAUACAGUCGCACCAAAGUAAACAGCGUCACACGAGCGAGGUGGGCGUGAUGUGCCAGCUGGAGCCCUCGCCACACGACCGCACCAAGCCUAAGAAGAAGAAGAAAGGCAAUAGCUCCGUGGUGGAGUGCGAGUGCCGCACGCUGCCGGCGGAGGUGACGUGGGUGAACACGGUGCUGGCGCGGCUGAUGUUCGACGUGAUGCGGGACCCCGCCACCAUCGCGCGUCUGCAGAACAGGAUACAGAGGAAACUUAACACGCUCAAGCUGCCGUCGUUCAUGAGCCCGCUGGUGGUGACGCAGCUGUCGCUGGCGGGCGCGUGUCCGCUGGUGCGCGGCGUGUCGGCGCCCGCGUGGGACGAGCGCGGCGUGUGGCUGGACGCGGACGUGCGCUACGACGGCGGCGCCUACAUCUCUAUACUCACGCAGAUCAAUCUUAUGAAGCUUAAAGAAAAGAAUGUUACUCUGGAAGACCAGUUGAUGGCGGCCAAUGAAAAAAUUGAGGAAACGGAUGUCAACUGCCCAUCCAGCACGGGCACAGACAAACAAUUAAGGAAACGUAAGCCGGCGAUAUACGACAGCGAGAUCGAGGACUCUGCGGAGUCGAGCAGCGACGACGACGGCCCGCUCGUGCAGCCCGUCGACAGCGCUGAGAACGUCGUCGUCUCCGACACCUCAUCAACUACGACUGAAGGGGGAUCGUCGAAAAAGAAAUUCCUUAGAAUAGUCGAUCGGAUUGCGACUAAUAAAUAUUUUCAACAGGUGACGGACUACAAGUACGUGAAGCGUGCGAUGGAGGGGCUCUCCAACACGGACAUCAAGCUGCAGCUGGAGGUGCACGGGCUGGAGGGCCGCCUCGCACUCAACCUGCCCUCGCCACCGCAUGACAGGAUAUGGAUAGGUUUCCGCACGAACCCGCAGCUGGUGCUGCGCGCGCGGCCGGCGGUGGGGGCGCGCGCGCUGCGCUUCGCUCACAUCUCCAACUGGAUCGAGCAGAAGCUGACCAGAGAGUUCGAGAAGGUGCUGGUGCUGCCCAACAUGGAGGACAUCCUGGUCGACCUCAUGACGCCCACGCCCAUCAGCUUCGAGUGAACGCAGCUAAAAUAUUACGUUAUAUUUUCACGAUAUACGAUAAUAUUUUGACUUUUAAUUAUACUGCAAUACGUUCUUGUUCACAAUAAUCCUUAAAUGAAUGAUUUUUUUCUUUUUAAAUACCCUAAAUUGAAACGAAUAGUAAAUUGAACAUAGAUCAAAGGAAAAAUAAAGUAUUUUUUAAAAAUAAUCUACUGACCGUGGAAGAUAAGACAGAUGUAUAAAUGCAUCAUGCAUUUAAGGGUUAAAAUUUGUUUACUACGAAACUAGUAUUUUACUAAUUAAUAAGUCAAAAAAUUAUCGUCAUAUUUAUAUUAUGCAAAGUAUACGGGCCAAAAUGUUGUGUCGCGCUAAGCGAUGUUACGGGUAUUCCCUAAUUAUUGUCAAAUAUCGAUAUAAUUAUUGUAUAUUGUGUCUAUGUAUGAAAUUAUAAAAAUAUUGAAACCAUAGACAAAGCAUCAAAAGCUAUGCUGUUUAGGCAAAGGCCAAACGUCAUUAUGCCACCAUAAAGAUAAACGUUUAUUUUUGUCGGUAAAAAAUAUUCAGAGUUUUAUUUAUUAUAUUAAUAUUUUUAUUUAAAGAUCAAUUUAAUCCGUAAAAAAUAUGGUAUAAUUUUUUUUAAUAUUCAUUUCUCAUCGGCUUUCUUACCAUUGCAUUGAAUUACAAAAUCUUUGUCAAAAUUUACUGAAAUGUUCUCUGCGAAAAUCCAUCAAGUUCCUUUUAUUUAGUCAAGGAAUUUACCAAGUUACUGUACGAAAAUUAAUAGUGAGUUUGCAUUUAAUUUUACGAUCAAGUUACUAUUUUAGUUAUAGACAUUGUAAACGUAGAUAAAAAAAAAAAACAUUUAACAUAUGACCGUUUCUGUAAGGUUUCAGUUUGAAUUUUGAAAUUUAAAAAAUCGAUUGGAAAAUUUAGAACUGUUUUUUAAUCGAUUUUUUUAUAUAGUCGAGUAUGCUCUUUAUCUCUAUCUAGAAUAAGUACCGUGUUCAAAUAUCUGUUAUUUGAGCGUAUAAAUAAGUUAAAGACUGUCGCUACGGUUAGCAAAAAAAUUCAUUUAAUAGAAAUAUUUAGCAGUUAGUGCAUGAAAAAAAAUUCCAUUCAUAUUUAUUUAG